AUGUGGGCUCUCAUGAUCGCCUCUAUAGUCUUCACCGCGGCUGAGUCAGGGCUGGGUCUGGUGGUGCCGGUGCUGCAGGGCGAUCCGGCCAACCCCUGGGCGUUCCUGUACCCAUUCACAGCGAGCAUGUGGGCGCUCAUGAUCGCCUCUAUAGUCUUCACUGCGGCUGUCAUCUGGUACCUCGAGCACAACCAGAACCUCGACUUUGGAGGGGGACCCUACCACCACCAGCUCACCACCAGUCUUUGGUUUUCCUUUGCUAGCAUGGUCCGCUCACAAGAGCAGCACGUGGGCACAGUUCUAGGGCGCUUUGUGGUCAUCUCGUGGCUCUUUGUGGUUCUCAUCGUCACAUGCAGUUACACUGCCAAUCUCACCUCCAUCCUCACUGUGAACAACCUCACUCCUCCUGUACAGUCCCUGGCAGCAGUGAUCACAUCGGGCUCUGUGGUGGGCUAUCUCAACGGCUCAUUCUCCGAGCAGCACCUCCUGGGCUUUGGCGUCCGCAGGAAGCAGCUCCAGGCACUCAACAGCGUGGACGAGUACGCUCAGGCCAUGCUCAACGGCACCGUGGUGGGCGUGGUGGAUGAGCGUCCCUUCCUGGACCUCAUUCUCUCGAAGGACUGUUCCUUCACCACGGGGGAAGCCGACAUCUCCACCCUCGGAUGGGCCUUUGCCUUCCAGAAGGGAUCAAAUCUGGCCGUUGACUUGAGCAAGGCCAUUGCCCAGCUGAGCGAGUCAGGCGUGCUUCGAACCAUCCACAACAACUACGUGCCUCACAACCUGACGUGCAGUGGAGACGCGAGUGGGGCAUCAUCGGAGAGCCUAGGUGCGGAGGGCUUUCAGAACCUCUUCAUCCUGUACGGCGUCAUGGCCACCUUCGCCUGCCUCAUGUACCUCGCCGUGCUGCUCUACCGCGGCCACCUCGCCAAGAAGGAGUUGGAGGAGGAGGGAGAGGAAGUGAGUGGGGGCAUGUCUGCAAUCAAGGCAAAGCCAUGGAUGAACCCCUUCAAGCACUUCAUCUACCUCUAUAACCUUGGUGUGGCAUGGAGCAUUGCGCGCAAUAUUGAGAUUGACGACGACGAGCCAUUCUACGAAGCGGACCCGAAUAUGUUUGAAAUGUAUGAUGGCACGUCCUUCAACCAAUCAGAGUUCACAAAUGGGACUGACGAAGGCCCGAAGCAUGAUCACGACCCCGAUGGCGGUCGGAAAGAGAAAGAUAAGAGCAAAGGCAUCAAAGUCAGCAAGAAAUCCGCAGCUGUGAAACCCAAGAAGCAGGAUCGCGAAGGCCAGCAGAGCAAUCCGAGCGACAAUGACUCUCGUCCACGUGGCAUUCAGAGCGAAGGGGGAUCGUGUCCACGUGGCAAUCGAAACGAAGGGAGUUCGCUUCCACGUGGCGGCGGUCGAGAUGCUGCUGCCGGAGAGAUUUUGCCGGCGAGAUUGCUGCCAUCGCAGAUUAAGAACAAGCAGAAGCGUUCGGCAGUGACGGCGAAGCUUCGCGCGGAGAAGGAGAAGGGGAAGAAGCAGCGGCUGAAGCGGCGGCGUCAAGAGGAGGAACGCGCAGUGGCGUUGGGGGAAGCGGCCCCACCACGGAAGGUAGCUCGCACCAUCGACAGCACGCGGGAGGUGGACGAGACUAUAGCGCAGCCUGACGACGACGAGCUGCAUGCAGACGAGGCACAGGACGAGUUUGCGCCGCACUUCAACCGAGAGAGGCCGCCCAAAGUGCUCAUCACCACGUGCCAACGGAUACACCCGACAAUGAAGCAGUUCAUAAAGGAGCUUUUAGUGGUUAUUCCAGGGUCGGAGUACUAUGAGAGGCGGCAAUAUCGCAUCAAGGAGAUAGUGCAGUACGCAUCAGCGAGGGACUACACGGCUAUGAUCGUGAUCAACGAGAAUCGAAACAAGCCAAACGCACUCAUGCUCAUUGGCCUGCCAGAGGGCCCCACUGCUCUCUUCAAACUCUCCAGCCUUGUCCUGAGAAAAGACAUCAAGAACGCAGGGCGGGCGACGUCGCAUCUGCCAGAGCUCAUUCUCAACAACUUCUCCACUCGCCUAGGGCACCGAGUGGGACGUCUGCUGGCGUCUCUAUUCCCGCAGGACCCAGAGUUCAAGGGCAGGAGAGUGGUCACUCUGCACAACCAGAGGGACUUCAUCUUCUUCCGCCACCACAGGAGAGUGGUCACUCUGCACAACCAGAGGGACUUUAUCUUCUUCCGCCACCACAUGUGCGUGGCAGAGCACGCAUGA